AUGGCGCAGCAAUCCAGCAUACUGCGAAAGCAUCCUUCUUCGCGAUGGUGGGAUGAGGUAAGUGUUCUUGAGAGCAGGGGGCAUGGCCACAAAUUAUGGUCAUGCAAAUACUGCCCAAUGGUGAACAAACUGAGUGGUGUUGAUCGUGUGCGAGCUCAUCUGUUAGGAGAAGGCCCAGGCAGCAAGGAUAUUGUGAGUUGUCCUCUCAUCCCAGGUAACAAGAAAGCGGAUCUGCUCAAUAUGCAAAAGGUUAUUGAUUCCGAGAAAGGGGCAAGGGGGAAGAAACGGCCGAAUGAAUCUGGUGGUGCUUCUAUGAGAAUGGAUGGCAAUGUCCAAGGAUUUCCACUGGUGGUAUCAUCCCAGUCAAGUGGAAGUGGCUGCAGUUCCCUGUUUUUUAGCAAACAGAGUCAAGUCCAUAUUGUUGAUUCGAUGGAUCCUGAGCGGAAGAACCGAGUUGAUGUGGCUAUCGGAAGAUUUUUCUGGAAUGAACACAUUCCAUUUGUCAAGGCUCGGUCACCUUACUUCCUCAACAUGAUACAGGAAGUUGCCAGGCAUGGUGUGCCUUAUGCACCACCAAAAUAUGAUGAUCUCCGGGAUAAGCUUUUGGUGAAAGAGAAACGAUUCAUUGACAUUGAGAUGGCGUCCUUGAGGAAGCAGUGGGAGCAGAGGGGUGCAACCAUAUGCGCAGACGGGUGGGCAGAUAGGAGGAAUCGGCAUAUCAUGGGGCUUGUGGCAUAUAGUCAAGGACGAGGAGCUUUUUUGAAGGCUAUCGACAUUUCCUUAACAGGAAAAACAGCUGAAAAUACUCUGCGCUGCUGGGAAGAAGGCAUUAACAUUGUAGGUGCAGAGAACGUUGUCAUGGUUGUGACCGAUGGGGAAAAUGCAAACAGAGCAGCAGCAGCACUUUUGCAAUAG